GUCGGCCUUUGAUUCAUUCGUUAGAUGAUGUUAGGCUGUAGGCUGUAGCCCACGCAGUACGCAGAAAACCUGGAAACGAGGAUGAUGACGUAAGAGACCCGCAUGGCGCAUUUUAUUUUGGAAGUCGGAAGUCGAAACAUCCAAGACGAAGAAAUAUCUGUGGUUAAAAUAUGCUUGUUGAAUUGGUGCGCAUUUUGUAUAUAUAAAUGCUUUUCACACCAACGUCUUGAUAUGUGGAAUAACGUCAUAUUAUUUCAAUACAGAAAUCUGAGCCAUUUGUGGACAGAAAUAGAAUGACGAACACUCUUGCCUGUAACCCGCAUUAUUUUUCGAAAGUCAUUGGCUAAGGAUAAGGAUGCCUGCUAAAUUGAUGACACAACUACGCCAUCAUGGACGUCACGUGCAUUUUAUGCGCUUUUCUGUAUACGUUAAACUUCCGUGACAGUGAAAAAAGAGCAAUUAAGGACACAGUCCAUAUGGAGAAUCACAUUAGAGACGCCUAGCUUCUUCACCGACAAUCUUCAUCAGCAACGAUUGACUAGAAUUUAUGUCAAAUAGGAAAUGGCUGGGAUAAACAUUGUAUUAGGAGAUUAUUAUUUGUCAAACCAGCAAAUUAGGAAGGCAAUUGAAUACUAUGAAAAAUCAUUAAAAAUUCCAAUCCAAAUAGGAAAGAAAAGAAACAGAACACUUGCAUACCUUGGGUUAGGGUAUGCUUAUAGAUUUAACAAUCAGACUCAAACGGCAAUUGAGUACUAUGAAAAAUCAUUGAAAAUUGCACAGGAACGAGACGAUAGAGAGAGUGAAACAAAUGCAUAUAUUGCGUUAGGAGAUGCUUAUAGAUCUAAUAAACAGAUUCAAACGGCAGUUGAGUACUAUGAAAAAUCAUUGAAAAUUGCACAGGGACGAAAAGAUAGAAAGAAUGAAACACGUGCAUAUUUUGGGUUAGGAGAUGCUUAUAGAUCUAAUAAUCAGAUUCAAACGGCAAUUGAGUACUAUGAAAAAUUGUUGAAAACUGUACAGGAACGAGAAGACAGAGGAAAUGAAACAAACGCAUAUAUUAGGCUAGGACAUGCUUAUAGUUUGAACAAUCAGAUUCAAACGGCAAUUGAGUGCUACGAAAAAUCAUUGAAAAUUGCACAAGAACGAGAAGAUAGAGAGAAUGAAACACGUGCAUAUCUUGGGUUAGGAGAUGCUUAUAGAUCUAAUAAUCAUAUUCAAACGGCAAUUGAGUACUACGAAGAAUCAUUGAAAAUUGCACAGGAACGAGAAGAUAGAGAGAGUGAAACAAAAGCAUAUAUUCGGUUAGGAGAUGCUUAUAGUUCUAAUAAUCAUAUUCAAACGGCAAUUGAGUACUAUGAAAAAUCGUUAAAAACUGCACAGGAACGAGAAGACAGAGGAAAUGAAACAAACGCAUAUAUUAGGCUUGGACAUGCUUAUAGAUCUAAUAAUCAGAUUCAAACGGCAAUUGAGUACUACGAAAAAUCAUUGAAAAUUGCACAGGAACGAGAAGAAAGAAAGAAUGAAACAAACGCAUAUAUUCGGUUAGGAGAUGCUUAUAGAUCUAAUAAUCAGAUUCAAACGGCAAUUGAGUGCUACGAAAAAUCAUUGAAAAUUGCACAGGAACGAGAAGAUAGAGAGAAUGAAACACGUGCAUAUCUUGGGUUAGGAGAUGCUUAUAGAUCUAAUAAUCAUAUUCAAACGGCAAUUGAGUACUACGAAGAAUCAUUGAAAAUUGCACAGGAACGAGAAGAUAGAAAGAAUGAAACAAAAGCAUAUAUUCGGUUAGGAGAUGCUUAUAGUUCUAAUAAUCAUAUUCAAACGGCAAUUGAGUACUAUGAAAAAUCGUUGAAAACUGCACAGGAACGAGAAGACAGAGGAAAUGAAACAAACGCAUAUAUUGGGUUAGGACAUGCUUAUAGUUUGAACAAUCAGAAUCAAACGGCGAUUGAGUACUAUAAAAUGUCAUUGAUAAUUGCACAGGAAGGAGAAGAUAGAAAGAAUGAAACAUAUGCCUAUCUUAGGUUCGCAAAUUUUUAUAUAUAUAAAAAUGAGACUCAAACGGCAAUUGAGUACUACGAAAAAUCAUUGAAAAUUGCACAGGAACGAGGAUAUACAGAGGGCGAAACACUUGCGUAUUUUGGGUUAGGACAUGCUUAUAGAUUGAACAAUCAGAUUCGAACGGCAAUUGAGUACUAUGAAAAAUCAUUGAUAAUUGCACAGGAACGAGAAGAUCAUGCUUAUAGAUUGAACAAUCAGAUUCAAACGGCAAUUGAGUACUACGAAAAAUCAUUGAAAAUUGCACAGGAACGAGGAUAUACAGAGGGCGAAUUACUUGCGUAUUUUGGGUUAGGACAUGCUUAUAGAUUGAACAAUCAGAUUCGAACGGCAAUUGAGUACUAUGAAAAAUCAUUGAUAAUCGCACAGGAACGAGAAGAUAGAGAGAAUGAAACACUUGCAUAUCUUGGGUUAGGACAUGCUUAUAGAUUGAACAAUCAGAUUCAAACGGCAAUUGAGUACUACGAAAAAUCGUUGAAAAUUGCACAGGAACGAGGAUAUACAGAGGGCGAAACACUUACGUAUCUUGGGUUAGGACAUGCUUAUAGAUUGAACAAUCAGAUUCGAACGGCAAAUGAGUACUAUGAAAAAUCAUUGAAAAUCGCAAAGGAACGAGAAGACAGAGGAAAUGAAACAAACUUAUAUAUUGGGUUAGGACAUGCUUAUAGUUUGAACAAUCAGAUUCAAACGGCGAUUGAGUACUAUAAAAAGUCAUUGAUAAUUGCACAGGAACGAGAAGAUAGAAAGAAUGAAACAAAUGCCUAUCUUGGGUUAGGAAAUUCUUAUAUAUUGAAAAAUGAGAUUCAAACGGCAAUUGAGUACUACGAAAAAUCAUUGAAAAUUGCACAGGAACGAGAAGAUAGAGAGGGUGAAACACGUGCAUAUCUUGGGUUAGGAUAUGCUUAUAGAUUGAAGAAUCAGAUUCAAACGGCAAUUGAGUACUACGAAAAAUCAUUGAAAAUUGCACAGGAAAGAGAAGAUAGAGAGAAUGAAACAAACGCAUAUAUUCGGUUAGGAGAUUCUUAUAGAUUGAAAAAUCAGAUUCAAACGGCAAUUGAGUACUAUGAAAAAUCUUUUAAAAUUGCACAGGAACGAGAAGACAGAGAGAAUGAAACACAUGCAUAUCUUGGGUUAGGGCAUGCUUACAGAUUUAAUAAUCAAGUUCAAACGGCAAUUGAGUACUACGAUAAAUCAUUGAAAAUUGCACAGGAACGAGAAGAUAGAGAGUAUGAAACACGUGCAUAUAUUGGGUUAGGACAUGCUUAUGGAUUGAACAAUCAGAUUCAAACGUCAAUUGAGUACUUUGAAAAAUCAUUGAGAAUUGCACAGGAAAGAGAAGAUAUAGGGAAUGAAACAGUUGCAUAUCUUGGGUUAGGACAUGCUUAUAGAUUGAAGAAUCAGAUUCAAACAGCAAUUGAGUACUACGAGAAAUCAUUGAAAAUUGCACAGGAAAGAGGAGAUAGAGAGAAUGAAACAGUUGCAUAUCUUGGGUUAGGACAUGCUUAUAGAUUGAACAAUCAGAUUCAAACGGCAAUUGAGUUCUAUGAAAAAUCAUUGAAAAUUGCACAGGAAAGAGGAGAUAGAGAGAAUGAAACAGUUUCAUAUCUUGGGUUAGGACAUGCCUAUAGAUUAAACAAUCAGAUUCAAACCGCAAUUGAGUACUUUGAAAAAUCAUUAAAAAUUGCGCAGGAACGAGAAGAUAGAGAGAAUGAAGCAGGAGCAUAUCUUGGGUUUGGAGACGCGUAUAGUUUGAACAAUCAGUUUGAAAGGGCAAUUGAACACUAUAAGAAAUUAUCAGGAAUUGCACGGGGACGAAAAGAUAGAGACAGUGAAAUAUAUGCAUAUCUUCGGUUAGGAGAUGUUUAUAGAUUGAGCAAUCAGUUUUCAACGGCAAUUGAGUACUAUAAAAAAUCACUGGAAAUUUCAAAGCAGCGUGAAGAUAGGGAUUAUGCUAUACGUGCCUUUAUUGGUUUAGGGGAUAUUUAUGUUGUAAACAAUCAGAUUGAACGUGCGAUUGAAUGUUAUGAGAAAAUUGCAACUGAAAAAGGACACACGUAUCUUGAUAAGUUGGCGGAAAACGUAGCUCAAGAAUUAUCAUUUGCAGAUUCGUUUACAGAGGAAUGGAAUUCGAAGAGAGUUGUAACAUCUCAGGAGACUGAGCUUUCGUCAGAUAACUCUGACGACGAGGAAUACGAGCAAGCUUUACGUCUGAAAAGAUUGGGAAAGUGUUAUGUUAAUCUUGGAAGAUUGGAUGAGGGCCUGAAGUGUUUUCAGAGAGCUCUGAAAAUGGUUUGUGGUCGUCGUGAGGAAGCUUUAGAGGGAAUUUUAGAUAAAAAAGAGGCAAAAAUGCCUUACGAGCGGGUAAAAGAAAUCGCAAAAAGCGCAAGAAAAAAGAAUCAAGAAUAUCGUUUAAACCAAGCCAUUGGACAUAUAUUAUGCAAAACUGGAAACUAUAAUCAAGCGAAGGAAUAUUACAACGAAGCGAUCAAGGUUGCCACAGAACUUGACGAUAAACAUCGCGAAGGACUAUCUUGUCUAAACUUUGCGGGUGUAUGUUGUAAAACGGGUGAGGAUGAGAAAGCAGUAAAAUUCUAUGAGAGGGCACGACAUAUUUUUUAUUCAGAACAUAAAGAUCACAUCCAGCAAGAGAAAACCCUUGUUGGUUUGGCUGUUUCUUGGUUCAAUCUUGGAAACACUAGAAAAGCGAUGGAAUCAAUUGAAAAAGCUCGAGAACUUGCAAACCACAUAGAAGAGAAAGCAGAUUCGCCUGCAAAAGAAACGAUUUCAAAGGAAGCCGAACCAUUGCAAGCAGCAAUUCCUAUUGCAGGCAAUAUAAAAGCAGCAACAACAAAUUCAAAAAAUGUUCGCCGAUUUCAGGAAAUACAACCAGUUACAGAAUGUGUAAACUUGAUAACGGAGGAAAUAUGCAACUUGAGCAGAACAGAAAGACUGCAGAUUGAUGACCUGGUUUGUCUUGAGAAAUACAUCAAAGAAUUUUCUGCUACAUACGUGUAUACUCAUCGGGCGUCGAGAAAGGAAACUCUAACAGAAAAAAUUCGUAAAUCGAUGACCGAAAAUGUCAAGUCGGCAGCUUACACUUUUUUGUUAGAUCAAAAUAAUAAAUUGUUUGGCACCAACGAUGGGCAAUUUGUCGAUGGAGAUCAACAAAUUCUCAACUUUGCAAGAGACGACGUUCAUAAAAAUAUUUCAACUCAGAAGCCUACAAGACUUUACGGGCCUUUGGCGUCUUAUGUUAAAUCUAUUGCACAGAUUUCAUGCGGAAGUAUUCGAGGAACGUGUUGGCUUGUGUCGAAAAGGUUCGUGAUAACUAACUUUCACAUUUACCUGAUGAUCAAUAAGGAAAGAGAGGAUACUCAAAAUUCCAACUUGCCAAUAUACGUUUCAUUUGAUUUUUUGCAUCACGACCCAACGCAAGGUGUUGUCACAGUUGAAGUUGAUGAAGAACAAGAUCCACACAUAGAGAAUUCACAAUUGGAUUAUAAAUUCUUACGUCUGAAAGAAGACGAGAGUCUUAACAGCCGCCUUCCUCUUGGCUCAAUUGUUCGAGGUCGUCGAUUAGAAGAAGGGCGAGUUAUAAUCAUUGGGCAUCCUGGCGGAGAAGAAAUGCAUGAAGAAACAUGUGUUGUUGUCAGCAGUCAUUCGUGGCGUGAAAAACUUAAUGCAAGGCAUGGUGUUCACACUGGUGUACACAUGACCAACACAGAUCUUCUUAAUGCAACUGACAGAUACAAAGAAUGUCUGCCGUACGAUACAAGUCUAUUUUGUGGUGCCAGUGGCUCUCCUGUUUUUGAUAUGAACGGUAACAUCGUCGCAAUGCACGCUCAGGGAUACGUGUUACCAACUAUGGAGGGAAGACGGUGUUCACUGAUGGAGUUUGGUUUGCAGUUUAAUGCGAUCUGUGAAGACAUUAAACGGAAGUACAGUGAAAAUGCUGUCGAAGAAUUAUUUCCAAAUUACAAUUUAGACACCGAUGGCCAGACAAUGUAUGACCAUCCAAUGGAAGUAGACUAAUGAUACGAAAGCGGUUUUUUAGAUGAAGAUGAAUAUAUUUGUUGGUAUAGGUGUGAAUUGUUCAGUAACGACCAGAUGCCUACGAUUAUGCUGGGGUACUUGUUCUGACGCUAAAUCAGAAGAAAGACCACUCUGAGUUUUUAGACUUCAAUUUUCCAGUAGAAAUUUUCUAGUGUAAAUAAUUAGACCUUCGAUAUAAUCUUUGUCUAUGUUUUUAUUAAAAAAAUUUUCAGCACCGUAUUUUUAAUAAUUUAAACCAAAUCUCACGCGAAUUAAAAAACUAUAUAGUUGACAUCAUGAGAACAAGAUAUUUAAAAUGUCAACAUCUUUCGACUAAUUUGAAUCUGUAACCCCGACGAUUUGGAACGUUGACUUUGGUUUGUGUGUGCAUGUAAACUUAGGAUAACAGGAGACAAUUGUUUGCCAUUUGAUUAAACGGCGAAAUCUUCAGAAACAAAGUACUGUGGGAGACUGGCGCUAUUAAUAACGUAAUUAUAUAGGAAUUAUAUAGGAGUAUAUAGGGUUUCAAUCGCACGUGACGUCAGAAACAUAAUUGAAAUUUAAGACGAGGGCGUAGGGAGUUAUGAAGCAGUGUGUGAUAGUGAAGUG